CCGUUUGCUGAUUUUGCCUCACAGAAUUGAGAGUUUGUUCUUAUACACAAGUUUAAUGCCACCUUCCUCUGUCUGCCAUGGACCAACAAGCGAUAUAUGCUGAGUUAAGCUUACCCACGGACUCAGGCCCAGAAAGUUCUUCACCUUCAUCUCUUCCUCGGGAUGUCUGUCAGGGUUCACCUUGGCAUCAAUUUGCCCUAAAACUUAGCUGUGCUGGGAUUAUUCUCCUUGUCUUGGUUGUUACUGGGUUGAGUGUUUCAGUGACAUCCUUAAUACAGAAAUCAUCAACAGAAAAAUGCAGUGUGGACAUUCAACAGAACAGGAAUAAAACAACAGAGAGACCGGUUCUCUUAAACUGCCCAAUAUAUUGGCAGCAACUCCGAGAGAAAUGCUUGUUAUUUUCUCACACUGUCAACCCUUGGAAUAACAGUCUAGCUGAUUGUUCCACCAAAGAAUCCAGCUUGCUGCUUAUUCGAGAUAAGGAUGAAUUGACACAUACACAGAACCUGAUACGUGACAAAGCAAUUCUGUUUUGGAUUGGAUUAAAUUUUUCAUUAUCAGAGAAGAACUGGAAGUGGAUAAAUGGCUCUUUUUUAAAUUCUAAUGACUUAGAAAUUAGAGGUGAUGCUAAAGAAAACAGCUGUAUUUACAUCUCACAGACAUCUGUGUAUUCUGAGUACUGUAGUACAGAAAUCAGAUGGAUCUGCCAAAAAGAACUAACACCUGUGAAAAAUAAAGUGUAUCCUGACUCUUGACUAUGAAUCCCAUCUCAAUUUAUCUGCUUCCCAUUACUGAUCUCUGUACUUUUAGCUGCACAUACUAUUGGCACUACCUAAUGUACAUUUAGUGGCACAAAGUGAACAAAUUCUGAGAAUUGUGCAACUGUUAUGAAUCUUACAGAAGUUCACGUUUAUCAUAUUCAUUCUACUAAAUGAGGAAACAGAGACAUAGAGAAAACAUGUAUCAUUUUAAAGAAACAGUGAUCUUCUAUGGUGAAGGAGUGAAGGAUGUCCAUGAAUAUGCCAGAUUGGUAUAGUGAUUUUGUGUUUAAAACAGUACAGAAAUUGUAGAUUCAGAAAGGGAGAGCUGACCUGUCUCUUCCUGCAUGCGGCAAGCCAUAAAGAUUCCUCUGGGAGGGCUACCCGAGUCAUACAAGGGCAAGAAAAUAGCUUUUAUCACCAGAGACCUGGAAUUGGAUGCUGCAAUGAACCUGAAUAAAGAUACUUAAUAAACACCUAUUUUUCACCUAUUUUACAGCCCCCCACAACCAAUAUAUCUCCUAGUGACUCCUCUAGAAAAUUUAUUGCCCCUAGCCAGCUUUUUUUUAUCCUGUCAUUUCUUUUCAAAUUUAUCAUUCUUGGUCUAAAAAGCAUAAAAGCAUCUUGCUUAGGCCACUUCUAUGGAUGUCACUCUCUUGCGAGUUCCUCAUGUACAUGCAAAACGAAUAAAAUGUGUAUACUUUUAUUUUGUUCA